GUUUAUUCAAGAUAGUUUCACUCUGACAGUGGGCUGUCAAGACACAACUCAUUUUGGUAAGGAAGUGAAAAAAAGAAACAAACAUGUACCUCAGGCAACAGGUGAAUUGAUGCGUGUGUGUGUGUGUGUGCCCGUGCAGUAGUUUUGACAACAGAGAGCAAACGCACAUCGAAAGUGUUCUCUACACAAAAGACAAGAGGCUUUGCCUGCUUUCUACGUCAAAGUAUGCCUCGAAAUUCAACAAUUCAAUUCAAUAACUCUUAGCUGCCUGAUAUUUGUUUUUAUUUCCUUCCUAUGCAAACAUAAAAUAACUUUGGGUGAGUGUAAUCGCAGGCAUGUCGCAUGACAUGACACCACUAUGGUGCAUUUCUCACUUCUUCAAGCGUUACAGGAAGUGGGGCAGAGUCACCAAAAUCAGGAAACUAAGGGCUGCUAAAAAUACAGCUAAGCAAAGACCUAGAGCUGGUGAAAGCUAAAAUCGUCUCAGUUGAAGAGGAAAGGAGCUUAAGUAAACUUGAGAAACCAAAAGGAAAUAUUUGGGAUGCUCCUUGUGUGGUGAUUUUGUGCACAUUUGAGGCCAUGGAAGAACCUGUCUCAAGUACUGAAUCAGCAAAUUCUGAACUACUCUCACCUCAUGAGCUGUUGAUUCUGCACACGGCUGAUGCACACGAAUGGGCAACAUAUUUGCAGCAGAUCUUGAAAAGCUCUCGCAAAUUCCGUAAAAGGUCUAUUUUGCUUUAUGCAGUCGGGCCGGCUGAUCAGCUCCAUGGAUAUAACUUUGAAUAUUUCCAAAGCUGUAAAAGCAUUGUGCUGCUCCUCACAGGAGCAUUGCUGGACAUGCUCUAUGACCCUGAACUUCGGGGAGCGCUUCAGAAUCUCCUGUACCCUCCACACAGAGUGGUGGUACUGCUGUGUGGCGUGUCAGAGGACGACAUACUGACAGAGAUGUUCGAAGACUGGCCGAGUUGGAGAAAACUCUCUGCUGAGGAUGAGCCUGCUGUCUACAUUUCCACCAUUUUGGAGUCCAUUACUGACAGUGGACGAGUGAGGGCUCAGAGCGAACAGCAGUGCUGGCCUGCAGCAUACAUGAGCGAACAUGAAAGCGAAGCUGCACCUGAAGCAGCCGUAGAGUUGCACAGCGCAGUAGCCUCUUUAACUGAAAAUCCCACCUCUGAUGAAAAAGAGGAAGAGCCAGGAGAGCAAACAGAAACAGUCCUGAACAAUGAAGAACCGGUGAGCACGGGGAAUUCAACUGGCGAGGAAAUGAGUACACCCACGCACCUGACCUGUCUCACUGUUCAACCAAACAGAGUUCUGUGUGGGAAAUGCGAGACACUUUUUAUCAUUUUCACGCAUAAAAUAGAUGAUCAGUCCGUACCAGAGGUGGAGUUUUCAACUGAAAAUGUAGCUGCAAAAAAGGUUCCAGGCACUGUGGAGAAUGAAUACACUAUAAGUGUGACUGCACCUGAUAUGCCUGCUGGAGUGGUAUCACUCACCAUGUACACCGACCAAUCUUGUGUCAGCUUGAGACCUGUUACUUACUAUACCAGUAUGGGAGAAGUCAGUCGGUAUCUUGAAAAGGCCACUGAUCCUGUAAACUUCAUCUGCCAGGCUUUCAACUUUACAUCCAAUGCAACAGAAUCACUGGACAACAUGUUAUCUGACUCAUUAAAAUCCAGGAUGCCUGCAACUAGUCUUCAGCUGUUUGGAAUCAGACAAAUUGAAGAGGACAACAUGGCAGCAUAUCAGCGUACUGAGGAGCUUCCCACCCUACUCCAUUUUGCCGCAAAGUAUGGUUUGAAGAAGCUGACCAACGCUCUCCUUCAGUGUCCGGGGGCUCUGCAGGCUUACAGCGUGAUGAACAAGGAUGGAGACUAUCCAAACACGCUGGCAGAGAAAAAUGGCUUCUUUGAUCUCAGACAGUUUAUGGAUGUAUUUGUUGAGACAGCAGACAUUAUCAACCUGCAGAAUGGAGAACUGGACACGGCAGAGGUGUACGAGUCGAUGUCAACUACCCCUCAAGAUAUCAUGAUGAAGUACUCUGGUUGUUCGGAGGACAUAUAUGAGUCAAUGCUGGGGAUCGACCCUGACUGUGCAGAGGACCUCUAUGAGGUAAUGACUGGGGUAGAUGAGAACCCUGAGGAAGCUAUGCUUAGGAAGUUCUUCCAAGCAAAACCACAUGAUGGCAUAAUGCAGGACAAUAACACGGAACUUCAAAGUGAAGAAGCAGAAAAAGAAGAUCACAAUGACUUUGAUCAAAAUGAAGAAGAGGAAGAUCCAUACAACCUCUUCCCAGAGGAUAUCUAUGAUACUGUGGAUGUAAACAGUACCUAUAACUCAGUAGUCCUGAACCGUCCACCAGCCCCUAUACCCAGACCUGAGUCGGAGUCUGAGCCUGAAAAGCCUGUGAUUUUAAGAGUAUUUUCAGAAAAAGAUACAUCUAGCAAAAGUACAACGAUGGAAAUGGCAUAUCCAGCAGGUCAGCCCAUGCCACAAGCCUCCUCUCCUACAUAUGACCCCUAUGCUGGGAUGAAGACACCUGGACAGAGACAACUCAUAUCUCUGCAGGAGAGGGUGAAAGUGGGCGAAAUUACAGUGGAUGAGGCUGUCCAAGAGUUCAAAGCCUGGCAGUUUGACCACGAGAGGAGGUCCAACUCCAUCCGCUAUCAGCAGGAAAAUCUGAAGCGACUGCGAGACAGCAUCACCAGACGUCACAAAGAGAGAAAGAAGACAGGAAAGGAGCUCGAUUAUGAGAUAAGUGCUCCGCUGCAGAGGAACUCAUUCUGGGGCGCGAGCAUGACGUUAGAGUGUUCUGUGUAUGAACCAGCACCCAGAGUGGUGGGUCCUCCUCCUCCUCCUCCUCCAGUGGUUCAGGCUAUCCAGAGAGGCGGCUGGAAGACGGGUAGCACGUCCAGCACGUCCAGUACUGAGAGCAACAGACUCAGCACUCACAGCACCUUUAGCUACAGUAGUGGGACAGAGCCUGACCUUGAGGACUCGAUUGAAAAUCUUCCUCCUCCACCACCACGACCUCCACGGCCUUCUAAUGCUGCAGCCUUCAGUUCUCCGCCUGCUAUUCUUCCACGGGAUCCACGAAAGUCAAAGAUGCAGAAUGAGCGCUACAUAUCCUGCCCGACUCAGACACGUCCUCAAAAACCUUCUCAGAGACACACAAACACAGCACCUCCCAUCCCUCGCCGCCUGCGGUGAUCAACACAUCUGCUUGUGCUGGGUCUCUAAAACUAUUGGUUAUUUUUAAUAAGAAAAUAAGAAUCCAGCAGAAUCCAGCAUGCAGAUUUAAUUUUAUUCGUUUUUGUUGUUUAAUAUUAUAUAUCAUUGUUCUUAACAGAGUAAUUUAGUUCCCUUUAUAUUCCUUUGUGUAUGCAGGUGACUAUGUCUGUAAUAUUCAAUGUACAGUGUACCUCUUACUCCUCUACACAUUUCUGACAGCUUUAAGAUUGUUAAUACAAACAUAUGUUCAGUAUGGAUUAAAUAUUGUUAUUGCUACUUUUUUUUCUUACGGUCUCCACCACUGAAGAUAAUUAAACACACUUAUUUCUCUAA